CUGAAGCCUGAAGCCUGAAGCACGAAGGUCGAGGUAGAACCUCGUGCUGCGAAGGCUAUGGCGGUCGUCGUGCAGCCAGGCCGUCGCUUUUGCCCGUGAGAGCCGUAGACACGCUCAGGCGGCAAGGGCAGUUGAAGGCGGGAGGAGAGGAAGGGGGGAGAAAGUGGGAAAGGAGGGAGAGAUUGAGGAAGAACGAGAGCGCGUCCUCUGGUGGUGAGUGGUUCAGGCGGGAAAGGAAGGCCUUGGCGCCAAAGCGCGGAGCCACAGGGAAAAGACUUCGAGGCUUCGUCGCCAAAGGGCGGGAGUAUAGAGGAUAAGGCGGGCGAAGGGUAAGGGCGGGAAAGGAGGGCUUUGGCGCCAAAUUGCGGUCAUAAAGGAUUAGACGGGCAAAGGGUAAGCGCGGGAAAGGAGUAAGACUUCGGCGCCAAAGGCGAAGGAGAGCGGGACGGGAAGAAGGUUUUGGCGCCGAAGGGCGGGAAGAAAGAAGGCAUUUCGCCAAAGCACGGUUAAAGAGGAGAAGGCGGUGAGGAGGGUCCCUCCUCGUUCGGGAGGAGGGCACGCAGGUGGCAGGUGGGUAGGUGGUGCUGCUGUACAGGGUGUGGUCGUCAUGGGAGAGGCCAGCCUUCCCGUCAUUCCGCGCCGAGCGCUUGGCUCGCAGGGAAUGGUGACGUCAGCACAAGGGCUGGGGUGCAUGGGAAUGAGCGCGCAUUACGGAGAGCCGAAGCCUGAGGAGGAGAUGGUGACGCUGAUCCGCCAUGCUGUGGACCUCGGCAUGACGUUCUUUGACACGUCGGAUGUGUACGGCCCGCACACGAACGAGGUUCUGCUGGGAAAGGCUCUGGCUCCGAUCCGAGACAAAGUCGAGAUCGCGACCAAGUUCGCGAUCAAGAGAGAGCCCGAUAAGUGGUUGGUCGUGGACGGCUCGCCGCAGUACGUGCGCGCGGCGGCGGAGGCAUCUCUCAAGCGCUUGCAGACGGACUACAUCGACCUGUACUACGUGCACCGCAUCGAUCCGACCAUCCCGAUCGAGGUGACGAUGGGGGAGCUGAAGAAGCUGGUGGAGGAGGGGAAAGUGAAGUACCUGGGACUGUCGGAGGCCACGGCGGAGACCAUCCGCCGCGCGCACGCCGUUCAUCCGAUCACGGCGGUGCAGCUGGAGUGGUCGCUGUGGGAGCGCGGGGCGGAGCCGGAGAUCGUGCCCGUCUGUCGGGAGCUGGGCAUCGGGAUCGUGGCGUAUAGUCCGCUCGGUCGCGGCUUCUUCUCCGGCAAAGCCAUAACCGAGGAGCUCGAGAGCAUCGACUUCCGGCACAUGCACCCCAAGUUUCAGCAGCUGGAGAAGAACAGGGUCUUCUACGACAGGCUGAAAGCUAUGGCCGACGCGAAGGGUGUCAAGCCGGGCCAGCUGGCGCUCGCGUGGGUGCAUCACCGCGGGAACGACGUCUUCCCCAUCCCCGGGACCACCAAGAUCCCCAACCUGGAAGACAACCUCCGAUCGCUGGCCAUGGUCCUCUCCAAAGAAGAGAUGGAGGAGAUGGAGGCAGCCGUGCCCGCCGAGGAGGUCGCCGGAGAGCGCUAUCCGGCGGUUAUUUUGUCGACCACGUGGGAGAAGGCAGAGUCGGCGCAGACCCCGCCGCUGGACACGUGGCUCGCCAGCCGCGGUCAGGCCUAUUAGGACGCUGCUCCUCAUCAUCAGCAUUAUCGUCAUCGUUGACGUCAUCAUCGUCAUCGUGGACGUCAUCAACAUCAUCAUCAUGCAAUUGGAGCGAUGGAAGUCGCCGAAGAUGGUUAAUCGUUUGUAAUGAUGUCGAUCUCGUGGAAGCACAGACACUGCGGCUGGACACGUGGUGCGCCUCUCGUCAACGGAAUUAGCGCGCUUUUCAUCAUCAUUAUCAUCGUCAUAAUCGGACACGUGGCUUGAAUGUCCUCAAGCGGGAUUAGCGCGCUUUUCAUCAUCAUCAACAUCAUUGUCAACAUCAUCAACAUAAUUGUCAUCGUUGUCAUCAUCAUCAUUAUCAUCAUUAUCAUCAUCAUUAUCAUCAUCAUUAUCAUCAUCAUUAUCAUCAUCAUCAUCAUCGGACAAUUGCCUCGCCUGCGGUCAAGCAAAUUAGCACGCUCGUCAUCAUCGUCAUCAUCAUCGUCAUCUAUAAACCAAUCAUCAUCAUCAAUCAAUUAUUCAAUCCAUUAAUCAUCAUCAUUAAUCAAUCACCAUCACUAUCAUAAUCAUCGUCACUAUCAUCGGAGACGUGGCUUGGCAGCUGUUAAGCUAAUCAGCGCGCUUCUGAUCACGAUCAACCUCAGCAUCGUUAAAUUGGACGACGUAGGACGCUGGAGUUUCCGUAGUGACGACCAUGUCAUGGGAGGUGGGGUAGUCAGUGCCGACGCCGCCGCUGGACACGUGGCUCGCCAACCGUUAGACUACUCAUUAGAACGCCGUUAAUCAUCAUCAUCAUCGUCAUCAUCAUCAUCAUCGUCAUCAUCGUCAUCAUCAUCAUCGUCAUGAUCAUUAUCGUCAUCAUCGUCAUCAUGAUAUUCAUGUCAUCGUCGGAGGAUGGUCAGCAUUAUGCGCACACUGUUCUUCAGCUAGUCGAAGUGCUCAUCCGCCGCGGAUGUGAAGGAGGCCACGUGGCUCACGUUGAGUUGAGCCACGUGGCCGCCGCUCGACACGUGUGUUCAUCGCCGCUACCCUCGUGCCGUCGACGCAUUUUUUUGCUGUUUGUUGUUGUUGUCAACACUUCCUUCAUAUCGCCCGGGAGCAAAUCUUCGAGAGGGAUGUCGAGGACUUGCUCUUGAUUGACACGUGGCCGCCGCUCGACACGUGUGUUCGUCGCCGCUGCUCUCGUGCCGUCAACGCAUUUUUUUGCUGUUUGUUGUUGUUGUCAACACUUCCUUCAUAUCGCCCGGGAGCAACACUUCGGGAGGGAUGUGGAGGACUUGCUCUUGAUUGACACGUGGCCGCCGCUUGACAUGUGUGUUCGUCUCCGCUGCCUUCGUGCCGUUCGACGCAAUGUAAUUAGUUACUUCCAUUUCCGUUUUGUUCGUUUUUUCUUGUUUUUUUGUUCUUGUUAUUGCACUUCUUUUCUUUUUCUUUUUUCCCGUCUUUUAACGUCCUUGAGAUUAUGCUUCGAGUUUUUUUGAUUGGCGAACGAAAGAUGUUUAUUUAUUUUUUUAUUUUUUUUUAGAUGGUCUUGUUUUCAAUGUC